UGGAUCCAGCCUCCAGCAGGUGGCCCCCCUGGGGUUGAGUCUUUGAGCCGGUCGACGUGCAGCGAUGCCGGCAGCGGCCUCGACUCUCCCCGAGGGUCCGGCGGAAGACGGCGCAGAGCCGGACGGGAUGGUGUCGGGCCCGGCCCUCCUCGGCAGGGUGCCCCGGGACACGGUGAGAAGCUUCCCCCACACCAAGCGUGUGGGGAGCUACCUGAUUGGCAGAAUGAUCAACAAGGGAGCCUUUGCCAAAGUGAUGGAGGGCCUGCACAUCGGCAGCGGCGAGAAGGUCGCCGUCAAAGUGAUUGACAAGAAGAAGGCCAAGCAGGACUCGUAUGUCCUGAAGAACAUGAAGCGGGAGCCGCGGAUCCACCAGAUGGUGCAGCACCCUCACGUGGCCCAGCUCUACGAGACGUUGGAGACCGAGAACUCCUACUACAUGGCCAUGGAGCUGUGCGCGGGCGGCGAUCUCAUGGACCGCAUCUGCGAGCGCAAGCGGCUGGACGAGCGGGAGGCGCGGCGCUACACACGGCAGAUCCUGUGCGCCGUGGAGCACCUGCAUCGCCAUGGCAUUGUACACAGGGAUUUAAAAAUCGAGAAUUUCCUGCUGGAUGAAAACAACAACAUUAAGAUUGUUGACUUUGGCCUGAGCAACACGGUGAAGGCGGAGGCCUUGGCACUGGAGCUGCUCAACACGCAGUGCGGCAGCCCGGCCUACGCUGCCCCCGAGCUGCUGGCGCACAGGAAGUACGGGCACAAGGUGGACGUGUGGUCAGUGGGCGUCAGCACGUUUGCCAUGCUCACCGGUACCCUCCCCUUCACUGUGGAGCCCUUCAACAUCAAGCAGCUGCACCAGAAGAUGGUCAACGGCGACAUCGGCACCUUCCCCACCGACAUCAGCAAAGGGGCUGUUCAGUUUGUGCUGACUCUCCUGGAGCCCGACCCGGACAAGCGACCCAGCGUCACAGAGGCCAUGCAGGAAAGAUGGCUGCAGGCGGGUUACGGCAGGAGACCCCUCAACGCGGCGCUCUACAAAAACAGACUCCAGCCAGAUGAACUGAACCCAACUGUGCUGAACUACAUGACCGAGUGCCUGGGGUACAGUCUCUCUGAUGUCAUGCACACGUUGGUCAACAACCGGCCCUCCGCCAUCAUGGCGACCUACUGCCUGCUGGUGAAGAAACUGGCGAGGUGUCAGAAAGGCGGGAAAUCCAAGAAAGACGCCCCAUCUGAGAAGAACAAGCAAUCCUGCAGGUCCAGAAGAGCAGAGCAGAGCAGGAGCAGUGAGUCACUGUCGCAGAAUCCCAGAAAACGGACCAACAACUCGGCAAAGGAGGAUUCGGAAAGUCAUGAAAGCGGUGGGCCUUUGCUACCCCUGCUUUGUCCUUCAGGGGGUGCCAUCGCAGACAAUGAGAUCGCCAUUACGCUGGAAAACAAAGAGUCCUUCCUUCCUGAGGUUUCGCCAUUUGCCGAGAAAGAGCUUGUCUGCCAGAGGUCUCCGCAAGCCUUUGUCCAAGAGGCGAACGUCUCGAGGCCGCGAGAGGCGUCUCCCUGCAACGCACUGGCCAGUGAUGACCUGGAAAGGGACGUCAGCUGCGGUGUGAAGCCACAGAGAACCCGAGAGCCCUCCCAAGACCACCCAGCAGACCCGGCAAACUGGCAUGCCGAGGACAAGUUGGAGAAACUGCAGUCCUCCUACCUUGACAAAGGCACCUCUGCCAAAACGUACCAGGAGAAUAAAGCCCACAACCAAAGCAUGGCACACCAAGAAACACGUUUUAGGGACAUCCUGCAGGCAGCAGACGAGAAAAUCCCCACGGUACCUUGGCGGUGCACCAGCACCGCGGAGUCACCCCAAACGGCCCCCCUGCCCAAACUGAGGCACACGGCCCUUGGGGACGGCAUCACCCGGAAACUGACGUGGGUGGGCGUAGCACGGCAUGGCCAUGGCGGGUCACCAUUCCUGCUGAAUGGGACACGGCCGCCCGCAUUCCCCUCGUCGCGCCAGCAGACCCUCAUCAUCAAGAGCCUGCGUCACUCCAAGGAGCGGGGCCGCAGCCUGGCGGGCCCCGAGGUGGCUGGAGGGGGGUGCGUCACCACCAAGCGCAACGCUGUCCAACUGAAGAACCCACACAGGAGGGCGGACCUCAACCUCCCUGUUCUUGCACCUCCCUUCCAGGUAAAACCUGACAAGAAGCCAGAGUUGCUGAGGAUGGACUUCUAAAGGGAGGGGGGGCACUCCAAGAGGUCACUGCAGGUCAAAGCUCUUUGGAACAGGCGGAAGAUGGACACUGUCCUGCACUAUCCCUAAGAGCAUGUUGUUUCAAGGGACAGCGUUCUAUAAAGAGACAUCCUGGCCGUGCUCCAUCCUGUUGGGCCUGUAAAUCAGUCUCUGCUUUGCUCAGAAAUAGCUUUACCAUUCUUUUUAUAUGAAAAUCCCUUUUUUUCAGAAUCAUGCUGCAUUUUCCUCAACAGAAAUGCGACAUCCGUAACCACCCGCCACCCACUCACCCCCAAAACCAAGGCUCCCUUCUAGGUCUCGCUUGGGGUUGCAUUUAGAUUUGUCCCCCUCCCUCUAGCCCCCCUAGACAGUUUCUAAUGAUUCUGAUACUUGAGCAUAAAAAAAUUAUAAAAUACUUUAAAACCAAAUUAAUGCUGGGAUGGGCUGGCAUCUAAUCCACCAUGUAUCUAUCACUCUCUCCCGUGAAAGAGGGAUGGAUGGACAGAUCCAAAAGCUGGAUGCUUUUAGCCUAUGGAGGUUUGCCAAAAGUGUGCGAUUUCGCUUCAAGGGGCUUGCAGCAGCCAUAAGCUGAAAUGCGUAGAGGCUUUACCUCACUUUGGAGAAAGGGCGCAAAGGGGACGCCUCGCAACUGGAGCCACCAGGAUCACUCUCAGAUGAUGCUGCCAUGUGACCACCCAUUAGGAAUAAUGACAGGGUGCUGCUUUGCAAGGAUCAUGCAGUAUGGCUGCCCUAAACAGAUAAACCCAUCACAUAUUAACCUCCACGAUUUUUAUACUAUACAUGCAUUGUGUGCAUGCAUUGUGUCUAAAAAUCCUAAAAAAGACCAAAGACUUUUAUA